AUGUGUUUCAGUUACAUUCCAGCGAGCUCGUCGAGUCAGAACAAUAAGACGGUAGAGCAUUCCAGGAGUGAGGAGAGUUUGGAACGUGACAGUGUUGAGGUGCACUUGGAUGACCCGAGUCUGUGUGAGAAAGGGCGUGUAGGACGAUUAAUUCAGUUCUUUAGCGGCAUCAAUGCAGAGUUUACUGCGCAUGAGUCAGAUGAAGGAGGGAUAAAAAGUUCAUACCCUGGGAUUGAACCCACUCAGUCUGAGAUGAAAGUAGAAUUACAGGGGAAUGAUACAGAUCAGUCACACUUAAUAUCAACCGACUAUAGAGAGGUAGUCAGUGAUAUAUGCAAUGAUCACACUAGUAGCAGUGUGAAGGAGAGUACUGUUACUGAGUCUAGUGAUUUUCAACUGAGUAUUAACCUUGGUGUUUCUGACAGUUUUGGAACCACUGAUAUUAGUGAUUUGGCAGAAGAGGUAGCUGCAGAGAAUAGUGAUAUAGGGAAUAGUAGUCUUGAAUCCGGUAGUAGCAGUAUUCAAUUUGCUAUUUCUGAUGGUAGCGGAAUUAGUGAAAUCGUAACGGCUGUUGAGAAUGUUACUGUAAUGGGCGACAGUAGCAAAUCCAAUGAAAGCUGUGAAACAGUCACUGUUGAAGAUGUGAUGGAACCUGAACAAGUUGAUUUGAAAUGUGUCUCAGAACACGAAUCCAAUUCAUAUUCAGCAACUGAAUUUGACAAGGUAUUUAAGAUUGAUAGUACGACUGUUAUGGAUUCACUUGAUACAAAGGGGGAUGUAUCAGGUGAUAAAUCAGAAACAGUGAAGGAAUCAAUGGAUUUGAAUGGGGGCAACAAAUUCAUUGAUCAAAAUACAGAGUCAUCUUCAUAUGUUGGAUCAGAAAGAAUGUCAGGUGAAAAUGAAAUAAUUGAACAAUCAAAAGAGACGCAUAUCAAAACAUGGGCAGUAGAGAAUAAGACUAGGAAAAUAGUAAUUACUUCAUCAGAUGGUAACAUAAUAUCAGAGAAUAUUUUGGAUAGAUCUCAGAGAAUACCACAGCCAGAAAAUAGGUCGUGGUUUAGAAGAUACUUUGGAUGCAUUUUAGGAGACUUCUGUGGGUAA